AAAGAAAAACGGUCCACCACACCUUGUAUGUGCCCUCCGGCGGGCGGGUCAGAGCUCGCAACUCGCACCAGCACAGCAGCACCGGCAGCACCACCAACCCCAGGGCAGCCGCGCCGCCAGCCACGACAAGCUUAGCAGCCCCUCGCACUCGCUAGGGUAUUUAUUGGUACAAUCGGGUGAUCUGCGUGCCGCAUCGCGCCGGGACACGGGAGACAAUGGCGUUCACGACGCUCGGCGGCUGUGGGGCGCAGGCUUCAGUGCGGUUGGCUCCCCAGAAUGGAAUCCUUGGAUCUAAUUCGAAGCCAUUCGCGGGCAUCAUACUCAAGAAACCUCAGCAGGUUGGAUCCCUGCCCCUCCGUGCAAGGGGAUCCAUUUUUUCUUCACCACGCAGGCUUUUCUCCCCUAAGGCAGCAGCCCCUAAAUCAGGGGAUUCCAUACGCAUUGCAGUGCUAGGGGCCAGCGGUUAUACUGGAGCUGAGAUUGUUCGGAUUCUAGCGAACCACCCUCAGUUUCAUAUAAAAGUGAUGACUGCAGAUAGAAAAGCUGGCGAGCAAUUUGGAUCAGUAUUUCCUCACUUGAUAACACAGGACCUGCCGAGACUGGUCGCAAUAAAAGACGCUGACUUUUCAGAUGUUGAUGCUGUUUUUUGCUGCUUGCCACAUGGUACAACCCAGGAAAUUAUCAAAAGCUUACCCCGACACUUAAAGAUUGUUGAUCUCUCAGCGGACUUCCGACUACGCGACAUCAAUGAGUAUGCUGAGUGGUAUGGACAUUCCCACAGGGCACCGGAACUUCAGGGGGAAGCUGUGUAUGGUUUGACCGAACUUAAACGAGAUGACAUAAGAAAUGCACGCCUGGUAGCAAAUCCAGGGUGUUAUCCCACAUCUAUUCAACUUCCGCUCGUUCCUUUGGUAAAGGCAAAACUGAUCAAGCUAACCAACAUUAUUAUUGAUGCAAAAUCUGGAGUCAGUGGUGCAGGACGUGGGGCUAAGGAAGCAAAUCUUUACACUGAAAUCGCUGAGGGUAUCCAUGCUUAUGGGAUAACAAGCCAUCGGCAUGUGCCUGAGAUUGAGCAAGGACUUACAGAUGCUGCUGAAUCAAAAGUUACUAUCAGCUUUACUCCACAUUUGAUGUGUAUGAAACGUGGGAUGCAAUCUACUGUGUAUGUUGAAUUGGCAUCUGGAGUGACUCCCAGGGAUUUGUAUGAACACCUAAAGUCUACUUACGAGAAUGAAGAAUUUGUCAAGCUGUUACAUGGUAGCAAUGUUCCUUGCACAAGCCAUGUUGUGGGAUCAAAUUACUGCUUCAUGAAUGUCUAUGAGGAUAGAAUACCUGGAAGGGCCAUCAUCAUCUCUGUCAUAGAUAAUCUUGUGAAGGGAGCAUCUGGUCAGGCUUUGCAAAAUCUUAAUCUGAUGAUGGGACUGCCUGAGAAUAUGGGGCUGCAAUACCAGCCCCUGUUCCCUUGAUCUUUUGUGUCAUUAUCUAUUAUUACAUUAUUUAGGAGUCCAGAAACCAAAUUAUCAUUACUGUCAAGAGGUGGCAAGGAGCCUGACAUCAGAAUUCAGUCAAGUCGAAGUUAGACAGUUAGUGUAGCUUGGUCUGUGUUGUUUUAGCUUUAUUAAACCAUUAAGAGAAUAAUGAUGAUGGCAAUUUAGCAGUACAAUGGUAGUAUUAUGUGGGCAGCUUGGUUCCAAUAAAAUCAUAAGCCUAUACACAUCUUGUGCCCGCAAUGUUGUUUGCUAUUUUGAUCACGAAAUCAAUAUUGAGCUUGAAU